AGAUAUUAAAAUUUAAGAAUCAAAAUAGUUUCAUAACCUAAAAUAAGGCUGACUUGUUAUAACUAACUAUAUGAUCAAAAUAUUAAAUAUAUCUUUAGUUUAAAAAUGUUGCGUGUGUUUUCACAGAGCAUUAUUUUUCAAAAUCAAUGUCGCUUAUCUCAAAAAUUAAUACGAGAAUUGGAUGUUAUAAAAUGUGUAACAGUUCAAAAUUGUUUUUCAAGACAUUUUGCUAAUAAAGUUCAGGAAGAUGCAAAAUUGGAACGGAUUUAUUACGGUACCUUGACGCCACAAAUUCGAGCUGUAAAGGUUUUCUCAUUGUGUUCAAGUAUAGCUGGUCUAAUUGCUCAACCCAUUUUAAUCAAGGAGGCUUCAACAAUCGGAAGCACAUCGUUAUUAGUAGCUUUAUGUUCAGUUGUGGGUUUCUUCACAUUUGUUACUCCAAUAUUACUUCACAUCAUUACAAAGAAGUAUGUAACAGAAAUCCAUUAUGAUGCCGACAAAUCUUUAUACAAAGCUACAACAUACAGUUUUUUUCUAGUACCAAAAAAGGUGGAUUUCACGCCAGAUGAUGUAGUAGUACCUGACAUCCCUGGAAUGUUCACAACAAUGUUUGCUAAGGGCAAACCUUUAUUUAUUGAAGCCCGGCAUUUCAAUGACCCCCUAGAUUACGCUAAGAUCAUGGGCUAUGACAAACCAUUAGACUUUAAACUAGGAGAAAUGGAUGACAAUGAAACUAAAAAGUAGAUAAACUAUUAGAUUUAGGUGUUAGAAUAGAUUUUUUUGUUUUUGCUUUUAUAAUCUAUUAAUAAUAUAAGGAAUAAUAGAAGAUUAUUAAUAUUUUUUGUUGUUCAGUACUUAAUAUUGGAAAACUGAGAGGUAAAUAUUCUAACUCAAUGUAAUAAUAAUAGGGAUAAAAUAUAGAUAUCAGAAACCCCAAUAGAAUUUUCAAAUUAAAAUGCUUACUCUUGGGAACUCCAAUUUAUAAUUAAAAAAUACAUAAAAAUGUUUAAUCCAUUUUAUUAAUAUAAUUAUUUUAGAUAUUUACUUAAAUUUAAUAGGACAUUUUAUUCUUUUGUUUGCUUUUUAAAGAAGUGUAGAAAUUUAAGUCAGUUGUAAUAAUUUAUGUGGUGUUUACAUAAAUAUAGUAAAUAACUUGACUAGAUAAAUAACUAAUGUCCAUUUUACUUAUAAAAUUAAAUUGGAAUGUUCUGCCUAUUUAAAAAAAAAAUCUAUACAUCACAUUAAAUUCUUAUAUUACAUACAACACUUAAAACAUUAUUUAUCAUUUUUAAUCGAUUAUUUAAAAUAAAGCUGUUGGUCAUAUCUAUGUUCAACAUAGGGCCGUUAAUUAGCUUAUUUACAGUUUAUAAUAUCAAUUAAAUAGCUAAUUUUAUAAUA